CAUCCCUGCUUUAUUGGCAUGCGGUAUGAAAAAAAACUUCCUUUAGUUUUAAACUUACCACCUACUUGUUUCAUUCUGCGAACACUAGUUCUCGUCUUGUGACACAAGAUUAGCACAGCCGGUCCUCAGACUUGUGACACAAUUGGUUCCUGAACAACGUUUGACCUAAGGUGCAGUUUAACUUGGAACCAAUUUAACCAUAGGAAGCAAUGUUAUAAAUGGGGAUUGGUUCAUGAACCAACGCCCGAUACCCUAUUUUCACCAAAAAUAACCUAGAAUUUUGUACUCAGUCAAUUAUAGAUGAGUAAUAUAGCUACAUUAAUGUAUUUACAUUGUAAAUAGCAAUCAUAUUGAUUUGGAAGGACUACUUUGAAGCGACUUUGCUGGACCUUUUGAAGGGUCCUUGGCUGGAGGCUUCUCAGGAGUCUUGGCCGCAGGUUUUUCUGGAGUCUUGUCUGCUUUCUUAAAGGAAGUGGCCAAGGAAGUUUGGACAGACGUUCUCCAGGGAGAUGGGUGAUGCAGCGAACUUGUUCACUGAUGUGGUAUGGCAUCGGAUCAAGUGUUGUAAAGUCAAAACUGACGUCAGAAAGUUGAAACGGUGUCAAUUUAUAAACAUUGUAAGAGCGAAGCGUUGUAAGUCGAGGACUGCCUGUAACUAAUAAAUCUCUGUUGACUUUCUUUUCACCAUUUAGUACUUUGUAAACCUUUAUCGUGUCCCCCCUCAGGUGUCUCGUUUCUACACUGAGUAGGCCUAGCCUCUUACGGUAAACCCUCCAUACCGCUAGUCAUCCGUGUUGCCCUUCUCUGGACCUUCUCCACUUCUUCUAUAUCCUCUUUGAGGUGAGGGGACCAGGACCUGGGCGCAGUUUUCAAGGUGUGGAUGCACCACAGAUUUAUAAAGGAGUAUCACGAUACUUUCAGUUUUGUUUACGGUUCCCUUCUUAAUAACACCUGCUGUUUUGUGUGCCUUUUUGAUGGCUGCUGAGCGCUUCGCUGAUGUUUUUAGCGAACUGUCCUCAAUGACUCCCAGGUCUCUUUGCUGUGUGGUGACGGCUAACGCGGGGCCUAGCAUCGCAUAGGUAGAGUUUGGGUUAUUUUCACCCAUGUACUUCACUUUACAUUUGUAGACAUUGAAUUUCACCUGCCCGUUCGCUCAGUAGCACCAGAUCUUUUUGUAGUUCCGCACGGUCGGUCUUGGUCUUUACUACUUUGAAUAAUUUUGUGUCAUCCAUGAAUUUGACCACUUUGCUACCUGCCCUCUUCUCCAGAUCAUUUAUGAAUACGUUAAGCAGCCCUCUGGUCCCAGCACAGGUCCCUGGCGGACCCCGGCAUUUACGUUUUUCUAUCCUGAUAACUGACCGUUUAUACUAACUGUUCGUUUUCUAUUUGAGAGACAAUUUCUGAUCUACAAAUGGCCAUUCUUUGUGAUCCCAUGAUUACUUAACUUAAUCAUGAGUCUCUGAUGGGGGAUCUUAUCAAGGUUUUUUGGAAGUCCAGAUAUAUUAUGUCAACUGGAUCACCUGGAUCCACCUGCUUGCUGACACCUGUAAAGGACUCUAGUAGGUGAGGCAUAAUUUCCUUUUGGCAAAGCCAUGUUGAUUCCUGCCCAGCAAGUCCUGUUCAUCUAUAUGAUGAACUUUCAUUAUUGAUUUUUUUGUACCAGUUUUCCAGGAACAGAAGUUAGGCUCACUAGCUUGUAGUUUCUUAUGUUCCCUCUAGAGCCUUUUUUAAAUAUGGGACUCACGUUGGCAUCCCCCAAGUCCUCUGGACCCAAGACUGGUUGUAGUGAUGAUUAGGUUACAUACUUCAGUGAGGAGUUUAGCAGUUUCCCAUCUGAGCUCCUUCAGGGCCCCAGGGUGAAUGCCAUCACAUCCUGGUGAUUUGCUGCUGUGUCAUUUAUUAAUUCCCCAUGACCUCAUCUAUUAAGGGCUCCGUUUGGGUCAGCUCCACUGACUUGUCCCGAGAGAGGAGUGGGUCUGGUGAGGGAAUCUCCCUGACAUCUUCCAUGGUGAAGACAGGUGCAAAGAAUUUAUUUAGUUUCUCGGCAAUGGCCCUGUCAUCUUUUAGUGUCCCUUUCACACCCUGCUCAUCCAAAAUCCCAGCUGGCUUCAUGGCAGGUCUUGGGCUUCUAAUGUACUUAAAGUAAUUUCGGUUGUUACUUUUUGUGUCUCUAGCAAGUUUCUCCUCAAAGUCUUUCUCAGCUUGUCUUAUUACAGUUUUACAUUUGAUUUGCUAGAGGUUAUGCUCUCUUUUAUUUUCCCCAUUAGGAUUUGACUUCCACCUUUUGAAAGAAGCCUUUUUUUCAGCUCAUUGCCUCUGCAACUCUGCCGCUAAACCACGCUGGCUUGCUUUUGGUCUGCUUUCCUUUUUUUUGAUUUUCAGCCUGCUUUUGCUCUGUGCCUGCAGUAUGGUGUUCGUAAGUGGUUCCCGUGCUGCUUGCAAGUUCCUCACCUCCUUAGGGGCCCCUUUUAACUUCUGUCUAACUAGCUUCCUCAUUUUAGUGUGCUCUCCCUUUUUAAAGUUAAAGGCUACUGUGGCCAGUUUUCUUCUUGCCUCCCCUCCUGCAUGGAUGUCAAACCCAGUUGCCUGGUGGUCGCUAUUGCCGAGCAGCUCAGGAACACUUACCCUUUGCACCAGAUCCUGUGCACAUCUUAAGGCUAGGUCAAGAAUGGCCUUUCCUUUUGUUGGUUCCUGGAAGAACUGCUCCAGGAAACAGUUUUAUAAUGUCAAGAAACUUGCUCUCUGCAUUCCAGCUUGAUGUUUGAUUGACCCAGUCUAUUUGUGGGUAAUUAAAAUCGCCCAUUAUCAAUUACUCUGUUUUUCUGCUGCUGCAGCCUCAUGUCUGAGAAGCUGAGAGCUUAUUUGCAAGGGGGAAGGUGUGAUGGGGAUUGCUGUCUUGGAAAGUGCCUUGUAGGUUCAUGGCAACGAACCUGGCAGGGCUGGUUUAGUCAGGGAAAAUCCUGUCCUAAGUAAGGGCCUGGACUAGAUGACUUCGAGGUCCCUUCCAGUCCUACUUUCCUACCAUCCUAGAAAAAGACAGUAAAAAAAUUUGUUAGACAAGCAGGUCUGUUGUAUUAGCAACGCGCCUUUUUUCAUCUCUGGUUCUGUGCAGUUGUCUCCUAUAAAUACAACUUUGUCUUGUGUCAACUGAUAAGACAGACAUGAUGGCUAAACCUCUGCUCAUCAUGAGGUGAUAAGUCUGCCGGGGGUCUGUUCGUCGUGUAUGAAGAUGCAGCUUUGCAUUUGCAGUUUCUCCCGUUUCCACGGGCUGCGUCUCCGUAUUGAAAAGUUGGGGGCUGCGGGCCAGACGGAAGAGUUCUGUAGCUUGCACGUUUAGCAGUCCCUGCAAAUUGCCAUUUCUUCCGUCUGUUUUAACUUGAGCUUUUUCAGAUACUGUGUGAAAGGUUAUUGGAUUCAGGUUUAUACGGCGUUUGGACAGUACAGUGCUCAGUGAAAACUAGAUAUUUUUUAUUAUUCUUUUUCGAGUGCGUCGGAGGCACGCAGCUCCCAAAAAUGCCUACAGAAUUCCACUCUCGUGCCUUGCCAACAGAAUUAUGCUAUCAGAUGGAUGGCGGCUCCGUGGCUGCGCAAGCUGCUGUUAUUCACUCAUUUACCAGUAGACAAAGGUGCUUUAUUUCACACUCCUGUUCAGGCCAUAAUGAUACUAUCCUGAUGCCCGGACUCUAUGCAAGAAACACUUUUACUUGGAAACUACUUCUCGUUUGGUAUGAGCAAGUUACAUCCAGGAUUGGCUUCCAGCUUUGUGUCCUGAACUAUAUGGGUGGGAGAGGGAAGUUUUGUAUCGUGCUCAAACAGUCUGCCUUGGGACAUGUCCCUGGAGUGACAAUGAUGGGCUGUGGUGGCAAAUAUGAGUGCCAGCCUUGGUCACACCUCUCGAAGCCUGGGUGGGAUGCAGUUAUCCCCAGGAUAACUGGUCCUGUGAGAGCCCAACAAAGAUGAUCACCUCAAGAGUACCAUAGAGUAGUAUGUAGAAGCAAGGAUUGUCCAAAUAUCCUGUCUUAAAUUUACAAUGAUCUGCCUUCUGGUGUGGCCAUCAAAUUCAGUCUCCUGGGCCGUGUCCAGAUGAGCAUGGAUGUGCAGUAUGUGGCACAGCAGACCUGCCUGCAGCGCCAUACACUGCCCAUUCACGUGUUCCCUGCACUGCUACCUUGCAGGGGGGAUUGUUGACCCCAGGAGAGCCUAGGAUCAAAAAACCCAUGCGGGAAAAAAAAAAAAGCGGGGUGGCACAUGUGGUGGCAGCGUGCACCACCCAAAACCGGAGCCUGGCCAUCCAGAGCUGCACUCCAGCUGCCGGCCAGGCUCCCAGCUGCAGAAGCAAUGCGGCUGCAGCUUCCUUGGCCCCCAGGACCCCAGGUGAGGCUGCUACGCCCAGCACAGUUGCUGGCUGUAGCCUCCCCUUCCCCACUUCGGAUAACCUGCUGUGUGCCAGAGCGCAUGUGGCACAGGUGUUCCCCAGGGACAAGGAGCAGUGGCACAAGGUGUGCCAUAGCUACUUGUCCCUGGGGAACCAAAUGUCUGCGCUCGUCUAGACGUGGCCCUAGAGAGCAAUUGUAAGACAGAUGGACAGUCUUGAGGAGCUUGGGGGGGACUCAGAUCAGAGGCUAAGACUGCACAAAAGGGUCAGUCCUAGUUGGUGAGCAGUAUCCAUGUCUGUAGUCCAGACAGUACCAGGAGUUAGGAGCCCAGGAAUCCAGAACGCGCGCACACUGUAAGGGGGACCAGGGAAUCGGGCAAGAACCAGGCUUGGGGGAAACAGGAGCAGCUGCUUCGGGUUGUGAAACAACGAGCAACCAAAGUCCAAAUAAAGAGCCUGGUCUUACAAGCCAGGUCCAGCCUACUCUGCAGCCAGCAAGCUUGACUCUGCAGCUGGUGCCCCUCUGAAACCAGGUGGUCCUGCGGAGGUGGCAGAUUCUCCUAACAUCAGCCUCCAUUGGGCAAGUAGCUCUUAAUGGAAGAACACGGAGUGACCCAAACAGAACACAUGGCCACUAUCGAGGCCCACGCCGUGGCCCAGCAGGUGCAGCAGGUCCACGUGGCCACCUACACUGAGCACAGCAUGCUGAGCGCGGACGAAGACUCGCCCUCUUCGCCAGAGGAUACUUCCUACGAUGACUCGGACAUUCUCAACUCCACUGCCACCGAUGAAGUCACUGCCCACUUGGCUGCUGCAGGCCCAGUGGGAAUGGCAGCCGCCGCUGCCGUGGCAACGGGUAAAAAAAGAAAACGGCCUCACGUUUUUGAGUCCAACCCAUCCAUCCGCAAGAGGCAGCAGACGCGCUUGCUACGGAAGCUCCGUGCCACGCUAGAUGAAUACACCACCCGAGUGGGGCAGCAGGCCAUCGUCCUUUGCAUCUCACCCUCCAAACCCAACCCUGUUUUUAAAGUGUUUGGCGCUGCACCGUUGGAGAACGUGGUGCGCAAGUACAAGAGCAUGAUCCUGGAAGACCUGGAGUCAGCACUAGCAGAACACGCACCUGCGCCACAAGAGGUUAACUCAGAGCUGCCCCCCCUAACCAUCGAUGGGAUCCCUGUCUCUGUGGACAAGAUGACCCAGGCACAGCUGCGAGCUUUCAUCCCGGAGAUGUUGAAGUACUCGACAGGGCGUGGGAAGCCGGGCUGGGGGAAGGAAAGCUGUAAACCCAUUUGGUGGCCUGAGGAUAUUCCGUGGGCAAACGUCCGCAGUGAUGUCCGCACAGAAGAACAGAAACAGAGGGUGUCCUGGACCCAGGCGUUGCGCACUAUUGUGAAGAACUGCUAUAAGCAGCAUGGGCGUGAGGACUUACUUUAUGCCUUUGAGGAUCAGCAGACACAGCAGCAGACAACAGCCACCCACAGCAUAGCACACCUGGUACCAUCGCAGACUGUGGUACAGACAUUCAGUAAUCCUGAUGGCACGGUCUCCCUUAUCCAGGUUGGCACAGGUGCCACGGUCGCCACGCUGGCUGACGCCUCCGAGUUGCCUACCACAGUUACCGUCGCACAAGUGAAUUACUCUGCAGUCACUGAUGGCGAGGUGGAACAGAACUGGGCAACGCUACAGGGAGGCGAGAUGACUAUCCAGACGACGCAGGCUUCAGAGGCCACGCAGGCGGUGGCAUCGUUGGCAGAAGCAGCGGUGGCAGCAUCUCAAGAGAUGCAGCAAGGAGCAACUGUUACCAUGGCACUCAACAGUGAAGCAGCCGCCCAUGCUGUAGCCACGCUUGCAGAAGCCACCCUUCAAGGUGGCGGGCAGAUCGUCCUGUCUGGUGAAACGGCCGCGGCAGUGGGAGCGCUCACCGGAGUCCAGGAUGCCAAUGGGUUCCUAGCAGAAGACUGUUCAGGUGGCAAGUGGAGUCUAGCAGAUGUUUCCACAGGCCUCGUCCAGAUCCCCGUGAGCAUGUACCAGACAGUAGUGACGAGCCUUGCGCAGGGUAACGGUCCCGUGCAAGUCGCCAUGGCGCCCGUCACCACGCGGAUAGCAGACAGUGCCGUCACGAUGGAUGGGCAAGCCGUGGAGGUUGUGACCUUGGAACAGUGAUGCUGCCGCAGCAGGAUCAUGAUGGUGUUUUUUUCUCGUCUCUUACGCGAAUAAUUUUUUUAUGCCUCUCCAGAGAUGCAAUCAGGUGGCACCGAGGCUCCCGGCUGGGGAAGCAAAGGUUUUGUUAACCUUUUUUUAAAAGGAGGGAAAAAACAAAUAGCAGAGGAUGUGUGUUCAGUGCAUUUUUAUAGCUCCGCUCUGCUCCCGCAGGAGUGAAAAGCCCAUUGCUGACUGGACUUUCCUUCCGCCGAGAUUUAAAACCAAAAUGCAGCUCCACUCCCCCAACCCCCCCGACCCCCAGCCCUCCACCCCGCAUGAAGUAUCUCCCUCUGAAUCAGGGUGAGAUUGGCAAGACUCACUCCCUCCUGUGCCCCCUGCCCCAGCAGGAAGUCACAGUGCCCCUGGUUGGAGACCAUUCUACUCAUGCUAAGCCAGUGCCGCCGCGACUCCCACUGUGGCUCCUGGCCACCCCCACUUUGCAAAUUAGGUUUCAAAGAUUUUAACAUGGACUUUGAGAGACAGUUUGGGAACAGCCUGUCUUGGAAGGCACGUGCGCAACAGCGGAGGCCCAGCAGCAGCCUGUCGAAGGGGUAGUGACGUCCUUGGAGGCAGCACCUGGCUCUCAAUAAAGAGGAAAGUUCUGGGGCAAAGCCAGCGGAGAGAUCCCCACCACACUCCCUCCCCGUCCCCCAGAUCCACGCCGGAGACCUGGACUUGCCUCUCCCGCACCCUCCAAAUGUAGCCGCCACUUGAGAGCCUUCUCUACCUUCUUGCCGUGGCUGCCAGAUGAGCAAGGAGACAGUCCGAGGGGCUCGGGCUGUGGGGUGAAGGAGGGGGAAGGACAUGAAGCGAGUGGAGGAGUCUCUGAGCUGUGCUUUUCCCCCUUCCCUUCCUCAACGUGCCCCCCCAGGACUCGCGCUGCAACCGAAGCACAUUCAGCCACGUCGCUGAGAGGUACGUCUGAUUCGCACGCAGCGCAUCUGUCGCUGGCAUGACCGGAGCAGCACUCGGAGUGCUCUGAACAGACGGUCCAUUAUCCCGCCUGCGCCCGGAGGGCCCCGUUCCCAGUCCACUUCCUCGUUCAGUGAAACAUGGGGAUGAAACCAUGAGCGGCCCCAUUUUUGGGUGACCCCGUCCCUUAGUCCCCCCCACGUCCAGCUCCAUUCGUGUCCCACAGGCCACGUGCCUGCUCCUGCUGUAUGUGCAUUUCCAGCACGGCUUUGCUGCUGCUAGUUUUUUUAAUCUACUUCACAUGAAAAACUCCAGACCGAAACGGGCCUGGGGCGUUUUCAGUGACUGGGGGGUUUUUUUUGUUCAUUAUUUUUAUUUUUAUUUUUUUUACUUGACUUUCAAAUGGGCCAAACCUUUGCUUCCCAAAAACAGAACAUGUUCCCCCUCCCCGCCCCAAGUCAAACUCCUCUCCCUCUUAGCUGCACCCCCUCCGGUGUGUGCCGCUUUGCAUGGUAUUUAAUUUUUUAUUUUAAGUGGCCAUUAACACCGUUCUCCACGUCUUUCUCCGCCUUCACGAGAGUUUUCAGAUUCUUGUAUUUACUUGUUUUAUAUGAAAAAAAUAUCAAAUGUUCUUUGUAUACGUUUUUCUGUACUUUAAUGAGGGGGCGGGGAAGAUUUCCAUAGCAGCAGUCCUGGUUCUCCGAUUCAUUCUUUUUUUUUUAACGAUUCUUUUUUUGUUUUUUGUUUUUUUAAUUGUCGUUGUGAAGCUGUCGGUGGCUUUCGAGUCCGUGUUUCUUUGGCGAUGAAAUAACGUUCUUUUAGUCUGAGAGAUUCUCCCCUCCCUCCCCACAAAGGAAAAAAAAAAAAGCAGUCGAGUAGCAGAGCAUGGAAUAAUCCCUGUUGUUUUCCCAUCCUAUUAUUGCCUCAUUCAAUAAAUUGUUACAAAUGUG